AUGAGCUGGGGAUUCCUAUGUGAUCUACUGAGCGGAGUGAAUGAAUAUUCAACAGGAAUUGGAAGGAUUUGGGUAACAGUUGUGUUCAUAUUCCGCUUACUGCUUUACGUUGCAGCCGCAAAAAACACCUGGAAAUACAAACAUGAUGAAUUUGAAUGCAAUAUCAGGCAGCCUGGCUGUGAAAAUGUCUGCUAUGACCAUUUUUUUCCUGUCUCUCACAUCAGAUUUUGGGCUUUGCAAUUAAUUGUGGUCUCCACCCCUUCGCUCUUGGUUGUUUUUCACGUUGCUUACCGAGAGAACAGAGAGAAACGCCACAAGCAGAAACUUUACCGAGGCCCGGGCGAGACAGAUGGUGGGUUGCUGUGCACUUACCUUGUCAGCCUUAUUUUAAAAACAGGAUUGGAAAUAGUUUUCCUUGUUCUGUUUUAUAAAUUGUACAAUGGAUUCCAUGUACCACGCCUUGUGAAAUGUGACAUAAGACCAUGUCCCAGUACUGUGGACUGCUACAUUUCCAAACCCACAGAAAAGACGAUUUUCCUCUAUUUUCUGGCAGGAACUUCAUGCCUGUGCAUUGUAUUAAAUCUAAGUGAACUGAGUUAUCUCAUUUUCAAAUACUCCAUAAAAUGUUACCUGAGGAAGUGCAUCAAGAAACAUCAAGGCUCAAAAAGUGAUUGCCACGGAACAGAAAUCAUCGGUCACAAAAGUCCAGCAGCUGCGGGACAGUUCCACAAUAGCUCCAUGUCCUUGCCUCUGCAU